AUGGGGCCACUCUACAAAAAAGCACUUGUCAUUGGGGCCACAUCUGGUAUCGGCGCGGCCUUGGCGUCUAAACUUGUUGCAAAUGGUACCAAGGUUGUCGUUGUCGGACGUCGAUGGAAGCGUCUGCAAGAAUUUGUCAAGACCCACGGCUCAGAUGUCUCAAGUGCUAUCACCUUUGACAUAACAAACCUAUCCGGUAUCAAGGGCUUUGCAACAGAUGUUAUCAAAUCAAAUCCCGAUCUCGACUGUGUCAUAAUAUGCUCUGGUGUACAGCGCGGCUUCGACUUCACUCAGCCAGACACAGUCGAUCUGUCACUACUUGGAGUAGAACUCACAACAAAUUAUACUGCAGCUGUUCAUCUUACAGCAGCAUUUUUGCCUCAUCUUAAGAAAGAACCUCAUGGAAACCUGGUGUACAUCAAUGCUGGCUUGGGCCUUAUCCCAGCCAUGAGCCGGACACCAAACUACAAUGCUUCGAAAGCUGCACUCCACGCAUUCGUCAUGGAUAUACGGUACCAGUUACGCGACGACGGGAGUCCUUUGCAUAUCGUGGAGGUGUUCCCGCCCGCGGUACAAACCGAGCUGCAUAACGAAGAGCAUCAACCAGAUAUCGUCAAUGGAAAUGAAAUAGGCAUGCCAUUAGAAGACUUUAUUGACAAGAUGUAUGAUGAGUUGGUCGAGGGAAGUGAUCAAUUCGCUGUUGGCUUUGGAACGGAACUCUUUAAAGAAGGGGGUUGGGAAUUUCAGCGAGGGAAGAUGUGUGAUGAAGUGAGGGGCUUAUUGAAUGUCGCGUUAGAGGAUUAUCUACGAAGGUGA